GUCACUUGGACUCCCCGCGAAUUUCAAAUGUCCUCGAAAGAUUAAACGGUCGCUUAAUUAAUGAGAUUUCUUUACUGGUACGUUUUUUAUGAGGCUGAAGAUAUGGCUUUUGGAAUCAAUCGCUCUCUAUCGGAGAGAUUCAGGAUUUAAACAGAGGGUGUUGUCCUUCAUGUUUUAUUGUUUGCCAGUUAACAUUUUUGCAUGAUCAGUAAAGAAAUCCUUGGUUUCUUGAAAUAAAUUAUGAUAUUGAAUUCAAAUCUCGGAAACAUGUUACGCAUACUGAUUGACUUCUAUCUUCGGAAAGCAAUCGUAGAAAGGAAAAAAAUUAAUGCUAUCGGAUAUUGAAUUAUGGAAACUCCCUGUGAAUUACAGAUAGAACCCAGUGGAGAUGCUAAUAUAAAAGCUGACAACAUCUGCAAAUCACGUAGGAGACGCCGUAGAACAAAGAAACAAACCGCUUCAUCUCAACCUUUGCAGAAGACCGAUGCUUCAGAAGCUCCAACUAAACUUCGUGUUCCUUUCAUGAAGAAAAUCAUAUUUGGUGAAGAUGGAGAAAUGCAGAACUCUUACACUGCUGAUAAGUGGAAUGACGUUUCUGAUUGCACACGAAGAGCGAAAAAGCGUUCAGGCUAUGUGAGUUUUGCAAAUAUAUAUGCUGAAGAGAAAUUUGCUCCACUGGAGUCCUUCACUUUGGAUGGUACAAACACUGGAUUGCGAUGUAACGUCGUUGAGCGUGAAGACGCUGAAUUUAUUCAUGAUAUACCCGUCAAAUAUAAAAAAGAUCGAAACUUAGAAGUAGCGGUCUACAGUUUUCCUAAUGAUUAUGAAACUGUUGUAAAAUACUGGUACAUCACACUGCAACAACUCCAUCACUUUACCGACAUGAACGAAAAUCAAGUGCUGCAGGAUAGUGAAACCAUUACAUAUCCACAGGUUGAAGCAGAUAAUUCAUCUAUUGCAGGUGAAAGUCCGAAAGACGAUGAACAUACGUUCGUAUAACAGAUGGACGGAUUCGGGAACGACUUCGCACUAAAGUGUCAGCAGUAUUAUGCGUAUUGAAUAAACUGAACAGACUUUUGUAUGCAUAGUUUCCCAAUAUUUCACUUCUUUCGAGAUUGUUAAUUUUGUAAAAUAAAUCUGAUUUUAUAGCUUA